GGUGUAUGAAUGAACCUAUCAAAUCUAAUACCACAUCCAAUACAAAUCAAGUAUCUGCUUAAUUUUUUUACAAUUAACAAUUAUUCGUUCACGUGUGGAUUUGUCUUACUGGCAUUGAAGCGAUAUAAGCUAUAUGGAGGUCACUCUAAAUCAACUGAUCGUAGUUGUAGUUGUAGGACAUUCAAGCGGAGGUGAUAACAUUCUUUGGUUAAAAGAGUGUCCAAAUUUCACUGUGGUGCUCGACCCCUCAAUGUGCUGCAGGUGAGCAUUAUCCGAACCUGCCCAAGGAGUUUCAUAACCACCAGCUCGUAGUGUCGGGGACUUUGGCGAUGCUGGUCCUCACAAACGAGUUUCGGAUCAAUCAGUCAAUGCCUAAAUUGUUCAGCCUUCAACUAGAGGAGGUGAUUGUACUUCAGUGAUUGUACUGUCUCACAAGACAGUACAAUCGAGGUAAACGUGCUGAAGAGGAUCUCUGUUUUCUUAUAUAAAAGACGAAUACAAGAUCAUAAAGCUGUAUCAAUCUCGGUGCACUUCAUAUCACAUUGAUCUGGCAAUGUCUAAAGGCAAGGCGAAUCCAGACUACUUGCAUCUCAAAAACAUCAUUCUGGAUUGUAGCAGCAGUCUUGGAUGGUUUGCUCGCUCUUCCAUCGUUACUCCUCCAUCGACUAGGAAACAAAGUUGCCCUCUCAUUUAUAAUGUAGAGUUCGUCGAUGCAAACAUCGUCAUCUCCUCCAAGUCUACUCAAAGUUGGGACCUGGGUUAUCACUGCCGCAAACACUGUAGGGCCACAUCUUCCAUACAUUGUUUACGACCCUCAAUCACUUGACACAGGGCCCACAUUCAGGAGAUUUGGAUCCCAAUGAAGCCGAGUCAUAAAAUUUCAUCGACCAAAAGAGCCGGGACCUGUUGUCAAGCUUGACUCUCCGCCCUCAUCUUUGUGAUCCCUCUUCGUCUAGAACAACCCGUUGUAUUUCGCACUUUCUGAUCCUUUACAACUAUACUCAAGUAGGUAACAUCUACCGAAGCACAUUGGUGGAGUUCAAAUAACAGCAGGUGUAUGUUCACGUGGUUCGGUGGGCACACGUUCGCCCACAUGAUCAUGUAAAUUUUGAUAUAGUUGACCUCAUAAAUUCUUCUCGCGAGCUUGUGCUCUCGCGGCUGUUAUUUAAGAAGAAAAACAAGCAAUCUAUACCUCAAACACCAAAGUGAUUCGCUUGGUAUAUGUCAUUCCAUAGAAGAUAAUCAAGUCAGAAAGUGGAAGUCAGAAAGAUUCUUCAGCCAAUAUCAGCUGAAUACUUUAUAUGGUAGAAAACGCAAAAGCACCAAAGACUUCCGUGACUCGUCAGCAGAUGAGACCAAGAGGUUCUAGUUUGAUCUACUCUAACACAAGAUUCGUGAUCGUUUCAAACAGAAUGAAGAGAUAAGACAAGGGGAGAAUAUUUUAUUUGCUUUGCCUGACUGGGACAUUAGGAAUGUAUCCUAACUGACUGUGAGUGUGUGCUUAAGUACAAUGACCACAUUCAUCACUUUAACCGCUGAAGGGUGACAGCCUUGCCCACGAGGUUUUCUAGCACAACCUCGUGGGCGAGAACCUUACUGCAGUCGACAAAUGACAGGAAACGUGCGUGCAUUUGUUAUUACAGAGGAGAUUGAACGGUCAUUAAUACAUACUGUUUUGGCUGGGGAUUGAAUCCUGAAUAUUUGUCUAAAAUCAGGCGACCAGUUGCAGGUCGUAAGUGCUGCUCAGAAGUGUAUUCCGUCUUAAGGUGAUCGUUUCACUGCCAGGUACGUGCGCCGCAGCUGGAGGACAAAGAGGAAAACCAACCGAGAGAAGCGACCCGUCAGAUAGGGAACCUUUUCACCUGGUCCAGCCCAAAAACUAGAUUAUCUCUUGUUGAAAAGAAGACAGUGUCAAGUUGCCUUGCAUGUCCAGUGUUCCAUUUUGUCCCAUAUAGUUGUCAUCAACUUAUUGUAAUCAUUAGACCUGAGUAUAGUCCAUGGAGAAGAAAGACUGCAAGCAUAGAGAGAAGACAGCCGGAGAAGGUAGGCCUUAAAAACGAGGUUGCUGAGACGGGAGAAUCGUGACAAAUUUGAAAGUUUGCAGCAUCUUUGAUGGGCACCAAUCAUGUUCCGUGUUUGGAUCGAAUGCUCAUAAUUUCCCAAAUGAAUGAGAUUACAAUAGAAGGUAAAUUGUUGGUUCUCGCUGCCUGAGACCAAAUCAAGAUACACGCAGCUCCUUGUCUUCAUUCGAUGCAUGAAGUAACACUUAAUUUAUCACUUCAUUGACCACUAAGACAGGAGCAAGGGACCUGGUGCAGCUUUGGGCUCAAAGUCAAGGAUACCUUGAUACAAUCAAUUCAGGGAAAUCAAAUUUCUUUCACUUUACAUAUACAUUUGUCAAGAAGAAUAAAGAGAGACCCAAAUAAUGUGGUUGCUAGCCGAGCCAAGUCGAGGUAGCAUUACUCAAGGUUCACCUAUCAGAGUGCCAUCUGUGGAGAUGACGAUUUUAAUCUCCUGUGAUCAGCUAAAUAUAGUUUGUAAUUACGGAAAAAUCCGAAAUCUUGAAAGCCU